AUGGAUGUAAAGUCCAUUGCCAUCAUCGGCGCCGGUUCCGCCGGCCUCGCCGCUGCCAAAUACCUCAUGGCCGAGAAGAAAUUCUCCCAGAUCGACAUCUACGAGCAGCGCGCCACCACAGGCGGCGUCUGGAACACGAGCCCUCUUGACCGCGAACCCGGCUUUUCCAUCCCGCGCACGACGCCGACCUCGGAGCACGAGUAUGCCACCGUCAUCACCGGCGCUCCGGCGGGUAAUGACCGCCCAGGCGGUGGCAGUCCGGUGCACGUAGAGCUCGUCUCCCCCGUCUACGACCACCUGGAGACCAACAUCCCGCACGGCCUCAUGAGCUACACCGACCUCGAGUUCCCGCCCGGCACGGCGCUGUUCCCGGAGCACCCUGUGGUCCUGGCCUACAUCCAAGAGUACGGCAGGGACGUCGAGCACCUCAUCGCCUUCGAAACCCAGGUCCGAGACGUGCGCAAGACGAGCGCGGAUGACGGCACUGCUGCCUGGACGGUCGAGGCGAGGCACCUGAAGACCGGCGCCGUGUCCUCGAAGCGCUACGACGCCGUCGUCGUCGCGAGCGGGCACUACAGCGACCCGUUCGUGCCGAACGUCCCCGGCAUCGCCGAGUUUGAGGCCGCGCAUCCCGGCACCAUCAUCCACUCCAAAUUCUACCGUCGACCGGAGCAAUUUUCUGGCAAGAAGGUCCUCGUCGUCGGCAACUCGGCGUCCGGCAUCGACAUUAGCCACCAAAUCGUCACCACGGCGCAGCUCCCCGUGCUCAUCUCCGAAAAGGGUGCCCCCGGCGCCGAUCCCGCAGCGCUGCCCGCGCCGACCUCCUGGUCGCGCCACGUCGGCCAGGUCGCCGAGCUGCUACCCGCCACGCGCUCCGCGCGCCUCACCUCCGGCCGCGUCGAGUCCGGCCUCGACGCCGUCGUCUUCUGCACCGGCUACCACUACUCUUUCCCCUUCCUCACGUCCCUCGCGCCUCACCUCGCGGCGCCCGACGGCACCUACGCGGACCACCUGUGGGAGCACCUGCUGUACGCGCCGGACGCGACGCUCGCCGUGCUCGCGGUGCCCAAGCGCGUCGUCCCGUUCCCGCUCGCCGAGGCGCAGGCCGCCGUCGUCGCGCGCGCCUGGGCCGGCCGGCUUGACCUGCCGGCGCGCGCGGAGAGGGACGCCUGGGUGCGGCGGCUUGUCACGGAGGCCGCGCCGGCGGCGCGCCACACACUGAGCUACCCGCAGGACGCGGACUACAUUGACCGUUUGUAUGAGAUGAGUGCGCGGGCGCGGCCGGAUGCGGCGCGAGGGCUGGAGGGCGGCGGCGCGGGCAAGAGGCCGCCGUACUGGGACGAGGAGACGCGCUGGGUGCGCUCGCAAAUCUUUGCCAUCAAGGUCGCGAGUCGCGAGCUGGGCGAGCGACGCAAGGAGUGUAAGACGCUCGCGGAUCUCGGGUUUGAUUUCAAUGCGGUGAGGGAGCUGGCAUCGACGAAGGUGUAG